UGUGCUCUACUAUAUCAGUGUCAUUGAGUGUCAUGAAACACGUGAUUAGAGAAGUAUAUCGAACAUCCGGUGUCUGUGACUUCCUCUGAAAACGCAGUGUAUACGAGUAUACCUGAACACAAAAAUGGUGACUCCUAAAAAUGAUAAUCAGGAUUCUGAGGAAUUAGAUGUCAAAGAAAACAUGGAUAACAAUGAACAAAACGGAGAAUUGGUUCCUGUAGAGAACAAUGAGGAAAGAGAUGUAAAUGCAGAAAUUGACGAGCAAAGGAAAAAAUAUCAACCUUCGCGUCUAGAAUCAUUCUUUGCAAUAACAAAGUCUUUAAUCAUACGAGCCCUUAUUAUUUAUUUCAUUAGUUAUCUAUUCAGACGUCCUCAAACUGAUAUUAAUUCUCAAUCUACGUCUGUUGUCAAUCCAACACGUCUACAGGCUAUAAAUAUAUUUGAAAAUGGGACAUUGUUUGAUUUGCAUGUUUAUUUAUCAGAAUUUGAGUCUUUCAAAGAGUUUAAUGACCCAGAGAAAUUAAUAUGGUUGGAGCAAGGAUUAGUAUAUGGUGAUUGGUAUAGUGGACCGGAUAAAGAUGGCACAAAGACUAUAAAAUAUAAAUUUAAUCCAUCUGAUCAAUUAAAAAAUAACGGGUCUGUAUAUCUCCACGUAUAUGUCACAAAAAGUGGAAAAUCUCCAAAUCCUAAAGCAAGCAAGAAUAUUUAUGCGGGUGAUUACAUGUCAUAUUCUCGAAAAAUGUUAAAUAAAUUUAAAAAAAUUAAAUACCAGAAAACACAUAAUUUGUUAACUGGUGAAACUACUGCAACUAGGGAAGAAAUAGAGAAAGCUGAGAUAAUGAAUCAGGAGUAUGUGUCACAUUGGCACCCUAAUUUAACUAUUAAUUUAGUAACUGAUCAAACUAAUUGGGUAUAUGGUCAAGUGCCACCACCUUUAGAUACAUACAUUCAAUUUUUACCUGGAGAGACAUUCUAUAGACCUGUAAUAUACAUGAAUGAUUUUUGGAACAUGCAAAGAGACUAUCAGCCCUUGAAUAAUACUGUAGAAGAGCUUGAACUCAGAUUAACUUACCAACCUCUUUCAUUGUUUAAAUGGCAAAUAUAUGCAGCUCAAACAAUGAAGAAUAAGUGGACAUCUUCCUUUAUGGGAGAUUCGUCAGAUGAAGAUGAUAAUGAUCAAGAUACUUUAAAAGAAACCUUAUUGGAAACAAAUCCUUAUCUAUUGGGUCUGACUAUAAUAAUAUCAGUAUUACACAGUGUAUUCGAAUUUUUAGCAUUUAAGAAUGAUAUUCAAUUUUGGAAUAAUCGCAAUUCGCUGGAAGGUCUAUCCGUUCGAUCUGUAUUUUUCAAUGUUUUCCAAUCACUUGUUGUUUUGUUGUAUGUUCUUGACAAUGAGACGAAUACAGUUGUUCGAAUUAGUUGCGCGAUAGGUUUAGGCAUAGAAGUAUGGAAAAUUAAUAAGGUCGUAGAUAUUAGUAUUAAUAGGAAUUCAAAAAUAUUUGGUGUCUUUCCAACAAUAAGUUUCCAGGAUAAAGGAUCAUAUGUUGAAUCUUCCACAAAAGAAUAUGAUAGACUUGCUUUUAAAUAUCUAUCUUGGGCUCUUUAUCCUCUUUUAGGAGGAUACGCAGUUUACUCGUUAAUGUAUUUAGAACACAAGGGGUGGUAUUCUUGGGUUCUUAGUAUGCUUUAUGGAUUUUUAUUAACUUUCGGAUUUAUCAUGAUGACCCCACAGUUAUUUAUUAAUUACAAAUUAAAAAGUGUGGCACAUCUUCCAUGGCGUAUGAUGUCUUACAAAUUUUUAAAUACAUUUAUCGAUGAUAUUUUUGCAUUUGUUAUAAAGAUGCCAACACUCUAUAGAAUUGGUUGCUUCCGCGAUGAUAUUGUGUUUUUCAUAUUUUUGUACCAAAGAUGGAUAUAUAAAACUGAUCACACGAGGGUAAACGAAUUUGGUUUCUCUGGUGAAAUGGAAGCUAAUAUAAUUAAUGAAAAGAAGCAGCAAGCUAUUAAAGAUAGUCAAAAGAAUAAAACAGAUAAAAAAAAUGAGUAAUGUCCUGUAUAUAAUGUUAGCAUUAAGUGUAUUAUUCGAACUUUAUUGAAAUUCAUAAACAUAGUACCAAUGGAUAUAUCCGCACGCAUUAAUAUGUAUCUCUGUGGGUUUGAUAUACCUAUGUAUGUAUGUAUAUAUUCUGUUGGUUUUGAGAUUUAGCCAAAUAAAAAAAGCCUCGUAAAGAUAUCGAUAUAAAAAUGUUGAUAUGCGUUGUACUAGGCAUAAUAUUAUCAGAAAAAAGUUUAGUACGAACAUAAACAACUACGUAUAUUUAUUUAGACAACUGUUGUCAUCGUGUGUUGUUCCAAAUUUGUAUUUGCAUUUCGUUUCUAUUCCAAUGCUUUGCAAUUAUUAUCGUUCUGUACGAUAUUGAAAAAAAUAUAAAAUUUAUUUCGAUGUUUAAAAAAUAUUUAUAACUGCAAUUCUUGUUACUGUAUACAAAUAAAUCGAAAUCAUCAUCGUCGAGCUAUACGUACGUGCAUACACAUAUACAUGACUGAAUAAUUUGAAUGGAAAAUAGUAUUAUAUUUUAUGCGUAUACAUCACAUUGAUACAGUGACAUUUGAGCAGUGUAAUUCUUGUGCUAAAUAUUUUACUUAUAUAUCUAUACAAAGUAUCGCAAAAUAUUUUUGCAGAAAAGGACAACUUUAAACUAGCUCGAGUAAUGCAAAUAUUAAAAAUUAAAUUGUGACCGCUCUUAGAUACAAUUAUAAUUAUUGUUUUUAAUAAAUCAAUAUGUCUAAAUAAUGUUUAA